AAAAUCUGCUUUUCACUCGCGCCGUUUAUUGUUUUUUGAUUUUCAUCAUCUACGAGGAUAGUGCAGCAAUUUAAAUAAUUCAUCAUCCAUAUUUUGUAUAGAUAGUAAUAAUAAUAAUAAUAUUUAUUUUUUUGAUAUAAUAUAUAGCGAUCAUCAUCAUGGCUCUUUAUUAUCAACAAUAUUAUAAUGCCUCACAAUUAAAUAAUUCUACCAAUCAGAAUAAUCAUAACAAUUUUCAAUUACCAGUGUAUGAAGGAAGUUAUUUACAUCCGUAUUCAAAGUUGAGCUCUGAUGGGUGUUCUAACUUGAUCUUGUCGCAAUAUGCUGCUCCAAACUCAUCACCUAUUUCACUGGGAGAAAUUACACAAAUCACCAAUGAAGUUAACACAAUAGUUGAUCAGGUGUAUAACUCUGUGAAAAUGUAUGAUUAUAUUUAUUGGACUACAUUUAUUAUUAGUAUGGUAUUGGCCAUACCAACAAUGGGUUUAUCAGUGUUUGGAAUUAUAUUUGUCAUGUUCUUGCCAAUGAUGAAGGCACAAAAGAUUAUCACCAAGUUGAACAAUGUUGCCAAACCACAAAUUCAACAAGUAUUGGAAAGGAAGAAUCAAGAAAGAUUUGAACCAGCUGGUUUGCAAUGGUGUGUUGGUUACAGACAAAUUUUGGUUGCUAUCGUUGCUAACAGAUAUAACAAUACUCCAAAAUUUGAAACAUCCAUCGAUAUUAGUUUGAGACCAGUUCUCAGACAACCUGUUGUCAUGGUAGUUCAACAACCACAACCUGUAUAUAACGUCCCACAACCAAUGGUUCAACAACCAUUCAAUCCAAAUCAACAACCAAUCGCUGCUGAACAAAAAUAAAUUAUUCCUUCCUU